AUGAAGCUACUCUAUCUUUUUACCUACUUUUCUAUGAUAGCUGCUCUAGCUAUCCUGUCUUCGCCUAUCCACACGGACCAUACUGGUAUCGAAGUUCGCAAACAACCCAAUCGAAGCAGCCCAAAGACACCCGACACAAAGGCAGACGACACAAAGGCAGACGACCCAAAGAAAGCCGACAAGGAGAAAGCCGACAAGGAGAAAGCCGACAAGGAGAAACCCGACCCAUCGAAAGCCUGGAAGUCAAUCGAGCACUUUUUUCCUUCGGGUUCCCCCCAGCACAACACAUACUAUUGGUUCACGACCUGUAUAGCACAGGGGGAUAAUCGCGAACCAGGAGAUAGUGGCGGGGAACCUGAUGAAGUAGAAGAUUGGUCUAUUGCAGAGACUGGUUGUGCUCACAUAGGUAUUGUGGUUGGUAAGACUGCGCGGCGGAAGAAGGAAUUCAAAGCGACCUUAAUAGAUCUUGUGGAAUUCGAUACGCCGGAAGGCAAAGAAUCCUUGGGCUAUAGGUUUAUCGAAUGGGGAAACCCAAUCAACAAGCAAAAACUUCGAUACGGUGGGAAAAAUAAAGCUAAAGCUGAAGGUGGGAAAACAACUAAAGCUAAAGCCGAUAUAACUAAACUGAAAGCUCAUGCUAAAUCGUGGUUGGAUGAAAAAGGCAAGGAAUAUAACAUGGAGGCGAACUGUUUAACUUUCUAUUGGUAUAUAAAAUCUUUACUGCAGUAG